CCCCCUGCUCCUUUUCUUUCUCUCUCCUCUGUUUUUCUUUCUCUCUCUCUUUUACUUUCUUUCUCAUCCCAGGCCCAGGGUUGGGCUACAGGAUAUUGGGGACAAAGGCUGCUGGGUGAGGUCAGACACAACCUAUGAUGAUUAGAUCGCCUGCUAAGUUAGAGGUAGCGCACUUAUCAGGCUGUGCCGCAAUACCAAUUCUCUCCGGAGAGAAAUGGGAGAGAGUAGAAGGUUUACACUGGCAGUCUAGGGCAGCUGCCUCCCCUACUUCUAGGGCCUGGUGCCCUGUGAGUCAGAGGGGAAGCCCCUCCCGCGGGGCCCUCGACGAGGCAGUUCUCCCCACGGCCCCUCGGGGGCGCUGCGGGGGAGGCGGGGUGGGCCCCUGAGCAGCGGCUCUCGGGCGCCCAGGGCGCUCACUCAGCACUCGCUCAGCCGGAGGAUUUCGGGCUGGCCGUGUCCUGCGGCUCAAGGAGCGGCAGGAGCUCCCCCUUCACGCCCGCGAUCCCGCUCCGGCCCCGGGGCUCCAGACGCCGCCGCCGGACGGUGACAUGGGCGGCCCCCUAGAACCGGAGGCCAGCGGCUGGCGCUGGGGGCCUGUGCUCCUCUCUCUCUUCCUGGCUGCCUCCCGAGAUCUGGUGGGAGCCUUCAAGGUCGCCACACCAUAUUCCUUGUACGUGUGUCCCGAGGGGCAGAACGUCACCCUCACCUGCAGGAUCUUGGGCCCCAUGGCCAAAGGGCACGACGUGACUUACUACAAGACGUGGUACCGCAGCUCGCGGGGCGAAGUGCAGGUCUGCUCGGAGCGCCGGCCCAUCCGCAACCUCACGUUCCACGACCUUCACCUGCACCACAGCGGCCACCAGGCCAACACCAGCCAGGACCUGGCCCAGCGCUACGGGCUGGAGUCGGUCUCCGACCACCACGGCAACUUCUCCAUCACCAUGCGCAACCUAACCUCAGUGGACAGCGGCCUCUACUGCUGCCUGGUGGUGGAGAUCAGGCACCGCCACUCGGAGCAGAGGGUCCACGGUGCCAUGGAGCUGCAGGUGCAGAGAGGUGAAGACAAAGAAGCAUCACCCCAGUGCAUCUUGUACCCACCUUCCCCCAGGGAGAGUGAAAGCAUCACGGCUGCUGCUGUGGCUACAGGCGCUUGCAUCGUGGGCAUCCUCUGCCUUCCCCUCAUCCUGCUCCUAGUCUACAAGCAGAGGCAGGUGGCCUCCAACCGCCGUGCCCAGGAGCUGGUGCGGAUGGACAGCAGCAGCCCUCAAGGGAUUGAAAACCCCGGCUUCGAGGUCUCUCCAUCUUCCCACGGGAUGCCAGAGGCCAAACCCAGGCCUCCCCUGUCCUACGUGGCUCAGCGGAUGCCUUCGGAGUCUGGGCGGCACCUGCUCUCUGAGCCCUGCACUCCUCUGUCUCCACCAGGCCCUGGGGACGUCUUCUUCCCGACCCUCGACCCUGUGCCUGACUCUCCAACCUCUGAGGCCAUCUAGACUAGCUGGGGCCAGUGGGCGAUUGUGGCUGGGCCUGGGGCAGGGGCAUUGCAGGCAAAGGCGGCCCUCUGAGUGGUCCCUUAGCCUUGGUUCUGGUUCCCUUCCUCCUGCUCUGAGCCCAGACUCUUUGACAUACCUCUGAUGGCCAGACCCUCAACUCCUCUGGGUGCUACGUGGUGGCAGGGAGAAGGUGUUGGAUCACUCAGCCCCUGUCUCAAGGAUGGUGGGGUGCCGGGAUCCCACCCCAGAGGCCUGAAAUUCACCAGCUACAAAUGCCAAAUGGCCCACAUCCUAGAAGCCCAAGAAUUUGCAGCUCUGUGGCAGCUUCCUUCCCUAGGACAGGAGCCUUGUGACCUGACAGCACAGAGGGGACAAGAUGGGCACUGGGCAGAACCCUCCUCCAGGCCUGAGACUCAGGACAGAUGUGGACUCUUCCCUACUGUGGUGGAGCCAGUUCUCUGGUCUCGCCUCUGUUCAUCUGUCAGACUCCCUCUGUGUAACCAUGGGUCCCUGGGGCUGGGCCUGCCUGCCUCCCAGCCCUGGGUGCCUUCUGCUACCAGCAGCCUCUCCCAGUAACUGUCAAUGGGUUCAGCAAAUCUGGGCUCCUGUUCCCUGUCCACUGGUCCCCAGAGUUCACUGGCCAGGGUCCCUGAAACAGGAAAUGCACACGGCGGCAUGGUGGCCACUGUGGGCUCACUGGCAACUUGGGCAAUGGAGGCCAGGCCAGAGGUUGCAAUACCCGCUGCAGAUGGGGUGGGGGAGCAGGUGGAGCCUGCUGGGAAGGUGAGCGGAGAUGCUCCACCCCCGGUCCGCCCUCCUCCCUCCAAGCUCAGUGUGCUCAGUACGGAAGGUGACCACAUACUGUCCUGUCCCAACUGUGACACUCUGGAGUGUGGAGAUGGAGUCUUAUUAAAAACUACAUGGGCAAUACGUGCAAACCCUGUGAACGGACUGUAAGAGCUGGGUUUUAGUCCCUGCUCUGCUUCUAGGGGUGCCAAGGAGCCCUCCUCCUUCGCCCCGCCCCCGGUUGCCAGUCUUCCUUCCAAUUUAAUCUGCUGAGCCUACACUGCACAGUGGCCCCAUCAGGAGGGUGUGUGACACAGGAGGUUUGUGGUGCUCUGCUGUGGACCCUCUGCUCUGUCUCCUGCUUCCGGGCACGUCCCGGAUUUGUUUUAUAUGCAUAUAGAAGGGAAUCCUUUGUGGAAUUUUGAUUAAAGGGUUUUAAAACGUGGA